AUGGACCUGCUUCUUGGCGUACUUUCAAGUGGCAUAUUACAGAACGCCUUGCCGUUUGUUGCUGGUGUUGGAAGGGUAAAACGGCCAAAGCGCGUCAAACUCGAGGAGGCGUUUCGCGAGGCACACUUGUGCCGUCCGGUCAUUCCUUACAGGGCCCCCACGCCGUACACUGGCGGUCGCGUGAAGGCGCUGUUUGUAGGCAUCAACUACACAGGAACACGAAAUAAGCUCAGUGGGUGUGUUAACGAUGUCCGACAAAUGCUUGGAACGCUGCAGCGGAUUCAGUUUCCCAUUUCGGAGUGUUGUAUUCUGGUGGAUGACAUGCGGUUUCCUAACUUUACGGCUUUGCCAACCCGUGAAAAUAUUAUUAAGCACAUGGCAUGGUUGGUGCACGAUGUUCGACCAGGGGAUGUGCUGUUUUUUCACUACUCUGGGCAUGGGACAGAGACCAAGGCGGAGCGCGACUCGGAGGAGUUGUACGACCAAUGUCUUGUGCCGCUCGACUACCAGGUGCAGGGCGCCAUAUUGGAUGAUGACUUGUUUGAGUUGCUUGUCAAAGGGCUUCCAGCCGGGGUACGUAUGACGGCUGUCUUUGACUGUUGUCACUCCGCCUCGCUGUUGGAUCUUCCAUUCGCCUUUGUGGGAAACAAUAACUUUUACUCGGGGGGGAGGCACGAAAUGCGGAAGGUGCGGGCCAACAAUUUUUCCAUGGGCGAUGUGGUGGUUUUUAGCGGGUGCGAUGACUCUGGGACGAGCGCAGAUGUGUCAAAUGUGUCUUCGUUUGGAUCUGGCCUUGUGGCUUCCGGCGGCGCUGCAACACAGGCUCUCACCUGGGCGUUGGUGAACACAUCUCAACUUAGCUACGCGGAUAUCUUUAUCCGGACAAGAGAGAUAUUGCGUCAGAAGGGGUACAAACAGGUACCUCAGCUCUCCAGCUCAAAACCGGUGGAUUUGUAUAGGCCAUUCUCUCUGUUUGGUCCAAUUACAGUAAACACCAGUCUCAUUCAUUAUGUGCCACAACAAUACCUACAGCCAUGGGGGCCGCCACAACCGUACUACCCUCCACCGCAGCCUCAACAGCCGUAUUACCCUCCGCCGCAGCCUCAGCAGCCGUAUUACCCUUCAUCGCAGCUUCCAACGCAGUACAAUAAUUUGGCGCCUACGGCUGGAAUUCCUCUCAUGACGUCGUCAAGUGAACUGCCUCCAGGGCAAUACCCACAAGCUCUUUCUGGAGAUCAGAACGGUGGAGUGCCUCCACAGUAUCCAUCAGAUCAAUCUACAUAUUAUUCUUCUGCGCAGUACCUCAGUGGAGUAGGAAAGCCCCUGUGA